AGGAGGCGGCGCGGCAGAUGCGGAGCAGGGGGAAGUCUCUGAAGGCCAAAGACGGGAAGCUGCCUUUUUGUGCCAUGGGUGUGAGCUCCGUUAUCCAUCCAAAGAACCCUCAUGUUCCAACCAUGCACUUCAACUACAGAUACUUUGAAAUUGAGGAAGCAGAUGGAAAUAAACAGUGGUGGUUUGGUGGUGGCACUGACCUCACUCCAACUUACUUGAAUGAGGAGGAUGCUGUUCAUUUUCACAAGACUCUGAAAGAAGCCUGUGACAAGCAUGAUCUGAAGCUGUAUCCCAAGUAUAAGAAAUGGUGCGAUGACUACUUCUAUAUCAAGCACCGUGGUGAGCGAAGAGGGAUUGGAGGCAUAUUUUUUGACGACGUGGACUCUCCCUCCAAGGAGGAGGUAUUCCAGUUUGUGAAGAGUUGUGCCAAAGCUGUUGUGCCUUGUUACGUUCCCAUUGUGAAAAGGCACUGCCAUGACUCCUUCACACCAGAGGAAAAGCUAUGGCAGCAGCUUCGGAGAGGACGGUAUGUAGAGUUCAACUUGGUUUAUGACAGAGGUACAAAAUUUGGCCUCCUGACACCAGGAUCAAGAAUUGAAAGCAUUCUCAUGUCUCUGCCGCUGACUGCAAGGUGGGAGUACAUGCACACCCCUCCAGAGAGCUCCAAAGAAGCAGAAAUCCUGGAGGUUCUGCGCAAUCCCAAAGACUGGGUGCACUGACACAGAUGGUGAACAAGAUGAACUGCUUUCCCUGAGCCAUUAUGAAGGAAGAGGAACGCCUGCAAACCAGCUCAUUCCGGCUGCUGUGGGCAUGGUGUUUACUUAGUAUAGCUAAAUAUUUAUACUCUUAACUGGUGCCUUAAUAAUGCUGUAGAUUUGUUGUAACUUUCAAAUAUGUGAGCUCGAUACUUAAGACUGAUCAUCUAAUGCUACCACCCCGUGUUGAUACUGCCUAGUGAAGGGCUGGCAAUGCCCUCCCGGGACUCCUGUGAAUGCUUAAGAACUUCCUCAACUGAUUUGUUUGACUGCAAAGUGGCAAACUACUGUGAAAUGUUCUCCCCGUGGAAGGGAAGCAUUAUCUGUGCCUAAAUGGCAUUGCUUACUCAGAAAAUGUUGGGAUGUUUUAGAAAUAUUUUUGUAAAGAAUAAAGGGAAUAUUUGGUAUGCUUU